GUAAGCUAAGUGCACAAGGUGGGCAGGUGGGCAGGUGGCCGAUGGGUGCCGAUGGAGGCCUUGUUUUGCACCGCUAACCAGCCAGCGCUUACAUGCGAGUAACUUAUAAGUAAUAUUUACAGCGGCGUGGCCAUACUCUGGCUGUGCGCGCCAGCACUCAGCAGCCAUGGCAGACCCGAUAAAUCGAAGGCUGAAAAGCCUUGACGCGGAGGUCAAGGACAGGGAGACGGAGCUGAAGGCAGCUGAAGAAAAGCUCUCCAACAACCCCAGCAACACCAGCCUUCUUGCCGAGCGCAACCGGCUGGUCGAAGACAUCGCAGACCUGAAGGCUCGCCGAUCGAAACUUGAGGACAGGCUGUCAGGGCCCGGGCCCCAGGACUACCUACAGCGGCUGCGUGGGCUCCUCGAGGAGGCCCACAUCGACCGACCAAACGAGGCCAUCCUGCAGCUCAUCGUCCGGCGCCUGAGCUCCCGGCUGCUGGCGGCGAGCACCAAGGAAGCAGCACGGGAUCUUUACGAGGACGCGAAGCUGAUGCCAGGCCCGUCAACCGAGGCGCUGCUCAAGGAACAGGCGGGGCUGACCGUGGGCGGCCCGGCGUUCCCUGAUGCGAGCUCGAGCCUUCUGGUUGCAAUGGGCACCGGCAGCUGCCCUUGCGUGCUGAAGAUGCUCCUACCCCCACUGCUCACUAAUGUGGACUCCGCGGCCGCGGCGAGUGGUGAGGCCAGCAACUCUGCGGCCACACCGAACUGUGCGGCCGGCGGUCCCGAGGCGGCAGCAUGCCGUGCGCUCUGCCACGGCAAGCCCGCGACCGUGCCUCUGGUGGACGCCAAAGUCAUCACGUUCACGCUGGGAAAGGAGCACGCAUCAACGCAUGGCCGCUGCCCUGGUGUCUACGCCGCGAUACAAAUGCAGUAUUACAUCAGUACGGUGGCCAGGCUACCGCCGGCGUACCUGCAGGAGAUACCAGCCAUGAUGGAGCGCAUGGUGGAAGCGCUGGAGUGGAUUCACCGCAAGGGCUUCGUGCACAUGGACGUCAAGGCCGACAACAUCUUCGUGGAUGCAGCAGGACGGUGGUGGCUGGGCGACUUCGGGUCAGCCGUUCCCAAGGGCUCAGCAAUCACCUCCACAACGCGCUGGUUUGCGCCGCCCGCUGCCGCAAAGGCAGCAGCCACCGCUGUGCCGGAGUACGACUGGCACAUGCUGGCCGUGGCGCUGGUUAUCGAGGUGCUGCGCCGCGUGGGCCUGGGCCACAAGUGGCAGGAGAUGCUAGUUGAGGGCAGCUGCACGCCGCGCGCAAACAUUCUGGCGACUCUCGAACACCUCCGCCAGCACAGCAAGGUCGAUGAGGCCCUGCUGGCGAGCCUGAGCGACCUGGUUGACCGCCCCAAGGUGUCGUGAGCGGCGGGAUACGUCCCAUCAUCUUCAGCAAGGGGGAAGGGGCUAUACGGUAUCCAGCAAGCAACAUCCACAUAAGCCGGGGUUGGUAGCAACACAUCUACCAACCCCGGCUUAUGUGGAUGUUGCUUGCUGGAUACCGUGAUGUGGUUGGUUGGGGCGGCCUUGGCCGGUGGGCCCGUGUUGGGGCGGUGGAUGGUUUUUUUGUGAGCGGCUGGACUUGCUGCCAUUCUGUGCGGCCAUUCACUGAAAGCACAAUCGAGGGUGAUGGGUGUGUGCGCGCGAUAGGCGUGUGUGCGCCAUCAGAGUUGGCCUGCAAUUGGUUGCACAUGUCGCGCCUAGGCUUAAGGCACAAUUCAAGCAGUGAACAUACGCAAUAACCCCCCCUCCCACGCAUACACAGACAACCGGAGCUGGUGGUUGACCUGGGGUGGUUGACCUGUGUGCAGCGACUGGCCGUGUGUGUGGAGAAGGCGCCACUGCAGGUGGUGGACAGGCUACGACUGAGGCCUUCCGUAUGGCGGAUUCAGGGGGUGAUGGCGGAAAUACCACGGCGCAAUAGGUUUUGCUGGAGGUGGCGUGAGGAUGCCGCAACUCUGAGAUGCCCAACGAGCAGGGCAACGGUGAGGGCGGAAGGGUAUGGCAGCAGUUGUGACUUGUGUAAACUGACAAGUGU